CGCUCCCUCGCGGCUGCCCGCGGCAGGGGAGGGGGGGGAGCUGGGGAGAGGGUCGGGAUUUAAAGGGGCCGCAGCCCCCUAAAGGAAAGGCGGCGAUGGCUCGGCAGGCGAAGGACGAGUACCAGCGGGAUUAUACCGUGACGGAGCCGAGGACCAACCCCAAGGGCUACACCGAGUAUAAAGUGACGGCCAAGUUUGUGUCCAAGACGAACCCUGAGGACAUCAAGGAGGUGGUCGUGUGGAAGCGCUACAGCGACCUGCGCAAGCUGCACGGGGACCUCGCCUACACCCACCGCCACCUCUUCCGGCGCCUCGAGGACUUCCCCGCCUUCCCCAAGGCCCAGGUCUUUGGCCGGUUUGAGCCCGAGGUGAUUGAGGAGCGGCGCCAGGCGGCUGAGACAAUGCUGCGCUUCACUGUCCCCAUCCCUGCGCUCACCAACAGCCCCCAGCUCAAGGAGUUCUUCCGGGGCGGGGAAGUGAGGACUCCCCUGGAUGCCUGCAGCCUGCCCUCGCUGCCACCCCCGCUCAUCCCAAUGCCCCCGGGGGGUCUGGAUGAGACCCAGGCAGCCACAGAGCAGCUGGAACCACGGAGCCCCGGAGCGGAGGAGACGUUGGGAGCCGAGAGCUACAGGCUAGAGGGAGAGGACACAGGGGGGGACCUCGGCAUCCGGGAGCAGCAGGGAGACGCCGACUUGGACGCCCUCUUCGCUGGGGGGGGCCUUGAAGAUGAGGACAGGGGGUCGCCCCCCCCCGGGGCCUUGCCCCCCCACGACCUGGCCCUCUUCGACCCUGUCUUGGCUGCCGGCGCAGAGGAAGAGGCCGAGGCAGCAGCCGAGGCCCUGUGGGAGCUGGACCCGGGGCCGGGGGUGCCUGGGGGGGGGUAUGUGGCCCAGGCCACGGCUCAGGUCCGCGGGGCCUUGGCCCGGGAGGCGGCUGGAGACGUGGCCGGAGCCCUGAGCUGCUACCGCGGCGCCGUCCAGGUCCUGCUGCAGGGGCUGCCAGGCCCCCCCAUGGAGGAGUUCCCGGUGGGCACCUGCCAGGCCAUGUGCCCCCCGGCAGAGAGAGCCCGGCGGGAGCACCAGGGCCGGCUGCACCGACUGGAGGAGGAGGACGGGGCGGUGAAGGAGUACUCUCGCCCGGCUGCUGGCAAGCCCCGCCCCCUCCCCGAAGAGCUCCGCCCCCCCGCAGUGCUGCUGGCCACGGUGCGCCACCUGCUGGGCUGCGUGGAGUCCCAGGCGGCCACAGCCGUGGCCCCCGCCGAGGGCUAUGACUUCAUCACUGAUCGGCUGCGGGCCGUGAGGCUGGACGCUGCCCUGCAGGGCCUACGGGGGGCGCCCUACGCCACCCUGCUGGAACGGGUGGCCGCCUACUUGCUCCAUGCCGGCUACUGCCUGGGUGCCCAGCCCCCAGCCCUCUGGGACCCCCACCUGCACCGCGCACAGCUCCAGGAGACCUUCGCCGGGCUGCGGCGCUGCUACCGGGAGCCCGGCCCGCACCGCGCCCAGCCCCUCUUCCAGGCCUGCUUCCUGCUGUGCAACCUGGGCUCCUCUGAGGCCCUGCGAGAGACCCUGGACCUGCCGGCGCCACUGCGGGGAUCGCCGGAGCUGCGCACGGCGCUGGACAUCCACUGGGCUUUCUUGGAGCGGGACUGGGCCCGCUUCUUCCGCCGGGCACGGGGGCUGUCCUACCUGGCCAGCUGCGCCCUGCACCCCCACGUGGCCCCUGCCCGGCGCCAGGCCCUGCUGACGCUCAGCCACGGGUUCAAUUCCCGCCGUGGGCACUUCCCGCUGGAGCGCCUGGCCCGGCUCCUGGCGGCCGAGGGCGAGGGGGAGGUGGCCGAGUUGUGCGAGGCCCACGGGCUGCGGGUGGAGGGGGCGGCCGUGAUCUUCCAGAAGGCAGCCUACAAGGACCCAGGCGUCCUGGAGCACCGGCCCUCCUGGGAGCUGGUGGAGGGGAAGCGGGGGGAGGGCUCCCUGCUGGAGCUGGUGGAGGGGGUGUGCAGCUGACCUGGACACCUGCGCUCCCUCCAGCUCGGGGAGGGCAGGGGGUCCCCGGGGCUGCCUCCCCCCACUUGGCAGUCAGGGGCUGGGGGGCUGCAGGGGAGUUCUCAAUAAACAUGGCUUGUUCGUUC